CCGAGCGUGCGGUGCGUAGCGUAACAUUCCAUUCAGAAGCAGAGGGAAAGAUGGCGUCCUCGAACAAUCCGCGCAAAUUUAGCGAGAAAAUCGCUCUGCAUAACCAGAAACAGGCGGAGGAAACCGCCGCGUUUGAAGAAGUGAUGAAGGACCUGAACAUCACCAGAGCCGCCCGGCUGCAGUUACAGAAGACCCAGUAUUUGCAACUAGGGCAGAAUCGUGGACAGUACUAUGGAGGCUCACUGCCCAAUGUCAAUCAGAUUGGAAAUGGCAACAUUGACCUGCCUUUUCAGAACUCGGUGUUAGACACCAGUCGGACCACCAGGCACCAUGGAUUAGUGGAGCGGGUGUACCGGGACAGGAACCGCAUCACGUCUCCACAUCGCCGACCGCUGUCUGUGGACAAACAUGGACGCCAAAUCGACAGCUGUCCCUACAGCUCAGUUUACCUCUCCCCACCACCUGACACCAGCUGGAGAAGGACGAACUCUGACUCCGCCUUACACCAGAGCACCAUGAAUCCCAAACCUCCAGAGGUGUUUUCAGGGGGAUCACAGGAGCUGCAGCCAAAGCGAGUGCAUGGGGCGGAGGACUCGGGGUCAAACACUGACGAAGACAUCCAGAAACAGUUGUGGGAGGAUAAGAAGGGUGAUUUACCAACAGCGACAACAUGCGAUGUCCCAGGAAUAAAUAUAUUCCCGUCACCAGACCAGGAGUUGAACCCCUCUGUGCUCCCUGCGGGUCACAACACCGGCGGUUCUCUGCCGGACCUCACCAACAUCCAGUUCCCGCCCCCACUGUCAACCCCGCUGGACCCUGAUGACACGGUUUCCUUCCCCUCGCUCAGCUCGUCCAACAGCUCCGGCAGCUUGACCACCAACCUCACCCACCUGGGUAUCAGCGCUGCCAGCCACGGGAUUCAAACGUCCUCUCAGCCCAACAUGAGUGUAACAGCACAGCGCCGCCAGCCACCAGUGGUGCCACUCACCCUGACCUCUGACCUUCACCUCCAACAUUCCCCUCAGCAGCUUUCACCAACGCUUAGCUCCCCGAUUAACAUCACACAGGUGUUGCCUGCAGACACGCUGACUCUGGAACAGCAGCUGGCCCAGUACCCGCUCUUCAACCAGCUGACGCCUCAGGCUCAGGCCCAACUGCUCAUUGACCUGCAGAAGCAGCAGCAGAACUUGCCUCCAGGCAUCCAGCUCAUCACCUUGCCGACUCCGGCCUCUUCUGGAUCCAUCACGGCCUCGGCGGGCAGCCCCUCCCCUGACAGCCAGACCACCGCAAGCAUGAGCAUCAGCUCGUACCGCAAUCAGACUGGCUCACCAGCCACUCAGUCUCCAACCUCCCCAGUCUCCAAUCAAGGCUUCUCCCCCGGCGGCUCGCCUCAACACAUCCCUGUUGUGGGCAGCAUAUUUGGGGACUCCUUCUACGACCAGCAGUUGUCGUCACGGCAGACCAACGCUCUGUCUCACCAGCUGGAGCAGUUCAACAUGAUCGAGAACCCCAUCAGCUCCACCAGCCUGUUCAGCCAGUGCUCCACCCUCAACUACACUCAAGCGGCCAUGAUGGGCCUCACUGGGAGCAGUCUGCAGGACUCCCAGCAGCUGGGCUACAGUAGCCAUGGCAACAUCCCCAACAUCAUCCUGACAGUCACGGGUGAGUCUCCGCCCAGUCUCUCCAAAGAGCUGACUAACUCGCUGGCCGGCGUCGGCGACGUCAGCUUCGACGCAGACUCUCAGUUCCCCCUGGAUGAGCUGAAAAUCGACCCCCUGACCCUGGACGGACUGCACAUGCUCAACGACCCCGACAUGGUGCUGGCCGACCCGGCCACAGAGGACACGUUCAGGAUGGACCGGCUGUAGCGAGCGGACGGGAAGACGACCCCUCUCACUGGUGAACGGAGACAAAAAGACGGGGCGGAGUGAGCCCUCUCCCUCGUUGCAUGGCCGCCCCGCUGUCCGACCUCGCCCUCGACUCUGUCAAAGCCCUUUGAAUCAACGCCGGGGGGAAAGACAUCCGGCGGCAUCCGGGGAUCGACCUCGCUUGUGGUUUCGAUAGAGAUUGGUCGCUCAGCGCUUCCGCUAGCCUGCUGCGUUUACAGCGUCCCGCCACUUGCCCCAAAUACUCCCAAGGAUUCACGUUUUCUUUCUCAUAUCCACUCUUUUUGGUUCAUAUUUGCUUGUAGCAGGAAGCUGCGUGGACACAGGGCUGGAGCGCUAACAAGAAGAAAAAAAAAUGGCCGGUUUGCUUGUACUUUGCAAUCAAAUGAAUCGGUUUCCCCAUCGUGCUCUGGCGGCUUUGGUUCUCACUCAAAGCUUUAUUUUUGACAACCAAAAUUCAUCUUGUACUGUAUGUUUUGAUGUUUUGUGUAUUUGUAUGUUCUAUUUAUUUAUUUGACAAAUGUUUUUUAUUCUAUUUCUUACGUUGAAUUGAUGCCAAAAUGCUCUUUGUAGUGUACAAUUGCACUGAUGUACUUUGUGUCUAUUAACAUAUAUUUAUAUAUCUAAAUGUGCUUGUUGGGCAACUUGGUUCAUGAAGGAGUUUAAAACCCCCCCAUACUUGCUCUUGGGUGUUUAUGGACGUGCCAUUCUUUGCUCGAUGUUGCCAUGCUGCAGCCCCACCUGGUUUCCGGUGCCGAAAGUUGCCCGGUGUUCCGUCAAUCACUUUAAAAACAAGCUUUUUCUUGAGCGAACGAUCAGGUAUUUCUACGACAAACGUCUCCAAAUUCCUUUACGCAGACAGAGCGUCUGUCUUUUUAGUCUCUUCAGUGGUCACUGUGAAAUCACCUGAUUUUGCCUUACAUGAGUAUCCUACCGUUCGACGUCAGUGUCCGAUGUGACGAUGUGUUUUCGGAACUUCUAGUGACAUUUUCUUGUAUUUGAGAGGAACCUUUUUUGGUCAGUGGUCUUUGUGUUGUGACAAAUCAAUGUACUGUAUUUUGUAGCGGUACAGUUUAUAGCCAAACUAUUGGUGUUUUUUAACAAGUGGAGUGGGGAAAACAACUCUUUUCUGAGAUUGAGCGCAAAUAUGGGGAGGCUUUUUGCUCUUUGACAGGGAAGCUCUUACAAAAACAGGACUGAAGGAAACACUUUUACUACGAGGCAAAUGUGCAAUUUAAUAAGUAGCCGCUAAAUUAUUUCGGAAGAGUCAAAGUAUAUUUCUGUGUGGCUGUGUUCUGAUCAGGGAUCUGGAGGAGUACUAAAUUGUUUACACAACAUGUUUACACACAUCAUCUGAGAUCUGACUGGUCUUUUGUCAGAGUUUCCCUGAGCGAUGUUUGUGAGCUCAUGUUUGAUAUAAUCUGAUGUUUGUGUACAGAUGUGCUCAUCUGCUCCGCUCAAGCGCUCACCAGGAGUUUGCUUUCUCUUUCACUCUCAUGCGCCUCUGCAGUUUCUCUUUUUUUUUUUCUUUUGCCCUGGGAUUGCUAUGCAAGUGACGUUGGAUCGCUUAAAGGAAAAAUCUCUUGAGCUGGAUUUGUGCUCCGGGUGGCUGGGUUUCUUCCCCUGGCUUGCUAAGCAUUAGCAGGUUGAGCUGUACCUAUGGGGUGUAUUAUCAAGAAAACUAUUCUUUCAUCUUGAGGAAGUGUCCUUGCGACCCAUGAAGGACAGGUCAGAUGGAGUCCAACAAGAAGCGUUUUUUUUUAAUUCACUAGUGAUGCUUUUACAUUAUGGGAGUCUGAACGUCCCAUAUUGGGUUUCAUCUCUUCAGCCAAAUCACCUGUUUAUCUCCGAACUGUGUGUUAAGAGUUAGUGAUGGGCUGAACAGUGUGCCGUACCUUUACUUCCAGAGGCCACUAGGUGGCGCUCUCUUCUCUGAAAUAUUAUUAUUACCUUAUUUCUACUCUGUGAGCCCCACCAACAAAGUAGCGCCAUCAUUUCGAGUCACACGGGGAACGUCACAGCCUCGACAAUAGAGGUCCACUACUACAUAUUAAAGACGUGAGUUAACAGCGAUCGUGCUGAUGCAGUUGGCUGAAAUGCUGUUUACCGGGCAUUUCCAUUGUUUCUGUUCUACUGUUUCUGUUUUUCUGUUGCGGUGUUCUCAUGUUGCUCCUGGUUGGUCUUGUCUCCAGUAGCUCUCAGGACAGGACUGGCAGCUGUGGCUAGUGAUGGGCUGAUGAUCAGCUGUGCAGGUGGGUGUGUCACAGAUGUGUGACUGGAGAAAUGGUCCGUGGGAGGUUGGUUAUUCUGGCCAAAACAACCUCAUAUAGGUACCUACUCCCCAAGACGAAGCAACCUUGACCACUUGGUGGAAACAGGUCUUCAGUGAAGCCUCUAGAGUGGGAGCUCACAGUGACACCACACAGGAAAAUACUCUUUAUCUUGAAUUAAAUAGUCUGAAACAAGGAGGAGAACAUGACCAAAAGCUUCAUUAGGCCAUGACACUAUAUAUUUUCAUUUAUUUUUAUUUUAUUUACAUUUUACUUCAGGGUUCCCAUUACAAGUCGUAAUUUUAAGAAGAUAUUUUUCGUGCCAUUUUGAGGUGUCUCAUCAACAUUCUUCACUAUAGGAGUCUAAUUUAGCAUGAAUACGACUAAAUAUAGAAAUCAGAUUGAUAAAAUUAGGUAAUACAGGAAGAACUUUAAUGUAGUUUCUCAUGCGGGUCGCUCUCUGCACAUGUCUACUUUUUUGUUCAGGCAUCUCAAGCUGGACUCUCAAAUCUGACCUCGUGAAUGGUAGUGAAAAAGUCAACGUUUAGACAGUUCAGUUCAUGGCAGUGUUAACUAAAUGGUGUGCAGUUGUUGAGUGUGAAGCCGGACCUCUGUCUUCAGCUGCAGACAAGCGCUCAGACAAUCAGAAUCAGCUCCUGAGAAGAAACUCAGCUGGGAAGCAGAAAUCCAUUCUCUUGACUCUUUGUUCUUCUUUGUUCAGUUUUUAUGUCCUACAAGAUAUAGUUGAACAUGUGGAGUUCCAUGCUAUUUAUAGUAGAAUAAAUAUAUUUCAUAGUACAGUUGUAUGACAAUAGCAUUUUACAUAUAUACAUGGUAAUAUCCCUCGGGAUUUUUCCUUUAAGAGUGAUCAAUGGAAAACAGUUUGUCGGGAAGGUGGUCCUCCCCCGCCCCGCCCCUCCGCCUCUGCCAUCCUCACUGACCUUGUACAUAAGCUUCAGCUGGAUCCGUGCAUGUCCCCAACCUGGGUCCAGACCCUUCAGAGGCCUCUGGUUUAAAGCAUGUUCGGGUUCCUCCUGUGCGACCUCGGUGACUAUCUCAUGUCUGUAGAACCAUGAAUGAUACAAGAAUGUAUUUUGCAAAUGACCCGCAGCUUCUGGGCUCGUCCGGGUUCGAGCCCGUUCUGAAGAGUCGGACUGUUGCUUGCUCGGUUGGUUUUUCUCCUCUGUAGCACUGACACCGCCCGCGCUCCUCCGUUGCCUCAGAAAAUGACAACAAAGAUGGCUGACUGGUGUGUUGCAUUUAUGGACGUGACUACUCUGCCGCUUCUACUUGGCACAGUCGACCUCGUGACGUGGUCGACAAAGUCGACAAAUAUAUCUCAACUGAAGGAUCUGAACAUUAUUGCUUAUUUUCGCAGUCGAUCACAUCACGUCGGUUACUGAGCGUGUUGCAUUUAUCUCAGUCAGAAAUGUUCAAAACGCUUUUGUUAACAGUUUACGUUACACCUUCAGUUAAGGAGGUCAUGUUUUAUUCAGAGAUUCCUCUGGAAUUUUUGGGUUAUGAAUCCAGUUCUAGAAACGAAAAACAACUCAUAAUAGAAUUUUAAGAUUUAUGUUUUACAAAUUUAACUACUGUAUUUUAUUAUUUUCUGAAUUAAUAAUUUAACUUUACAUUAUAUAUAUAUACAUAUAUAUAUUUAUAUAUAUAUAUAUAUAUAUAUAGACAAACAUUUCAUAUUUCUUUUUCAUUUAAUUUAGUAGUGAGUAAAACCCUGAAUUGAAUGGAUAAAUCUAUAUAUAUUUAAAAUAAAUGAAUACACUUAAAGUUAUUGUUACAUUUUAAUUUUGAUCAGGGUUGUCUUUCAGAAUGGCAUCAUUAAUUCAGAAAAUGUGUUUCUGUUGGCUGGCAUGAUUAUUGGGCCGUCGUGUUCUCAGACCAAGGUUCUGUUCCGACUUCUAAGUGCAAUAUGCUUGUGUACAUCAGCGACUGUGUCGUCGUCUUGCUCCUCUGUGAUGCUGUUGUUCUCCGGUUGCUUGGCACUUUAUUUGUGGCGCUGCGGGACUGUUUUGCCCGAUGUGAAUGCUGACUGUUUCUCUCCAGACAUAAACUCUGGAAAUAUUUUCCAAGAAAAGAUGAACUCUAUUUUCCUUUCUUCUGUCUUUUUUGUUGACCUGAAUCAAGGGGAUGCAAAACAAGAAAGGGCUUACUUCAGUGCAGCUUGUGCUUCUGUGUUGGAAAUGGACGGCGCUCCGAAUGUACCACUGAGGUUGCUCACACUAACACACACACACACACACCUGGGAAAUGACCCUGCCACAGAAACAAAUCAUUCUUUUCGGACCCACACCACGAGCCGCAGUGGUCAGUACCUCCUCAGACGGGUCUAGUCAAACAAAAAAGUUCGACGAUCACAAAUGCUUCUCAUUCGAUGAGAUUCAAAGUGCGGUCAUAUCCAUGUUUCCCGUAAGCCCGUCUCGCACAUGGCCGGGUUUGUAUGGUCAAGACCUGGAGAUAGUUUCUCCAGCAUAAACCAAGUGGUGAAAGAGGAAUUCUAAAGUCCAAUUGUGACCUGUCAGGGUGGACACAAAGCACUUGUGAUUCAGGUCCUGACUGGAGUCCGCGAUUUCCUUUCUUUCUUAGUUUCAUCCAUUUCACUUUGGACUUCAAUGAUGUUGCUUGGUCCACUGAGCUUCUUCAUCUUUCAGCAUUUACUGUCAUCCUCCAUCACCCUCAUGGUUUGAGAUCAUCAUUCUUGAAUCUGAUUGGUUGUCCCCCUCACCUUCAUCUCCAUUAUUCUUGGUCCCACACUCUCUCCUCUCAACAUCCAUCUCUCCUCACUGACUUUAUCCCCAAACUUCUUCACAUGUCCUUCUGAUACACUUAUUUCCGGUGCUGUCCCUUCUCCAACCUUUACAUUCAUCUUCACAAGUUCCACCCUGCCUGCAUUCUCUUCUUCUCUUCUCCACCUCCCUUCAUCUCCGCCCAUCACUCUGGAUACAGAACUGGUCAUGUCUUUGUCUUGUGUUUACUGAAGCUGAUGCCAAACAACACACAUUCUCCUUACAUGUUUCCAGAUGUCUUUGAGUGCCAACCUUCGUCCAGUGCCCCAUAUGAUUUUUAAGAACAUGACCGUAUGACAUGAUGUGACAGAUCUCACCCACACAUCCUCUGAAAUCAUUGGUUCCUCAGGUGAACAUAAAAAAACUCCCAAGUAUCACAAGGUUCUGUCUUAUAUAUCACCAAGAAUCAUUUAAAAGUCAUUUUAGGGCACGCAAAAACAUGUUUAUCAAUUAUGACCUUUUAUUAUGUGACUUGUAGAACGCGGAAGCAUCAAAAUGUAAGAGAUCCCAAAACAAAAUCUGUUUAUUUCAUUUUUUUUUCCACACAAGAAAAUGUCGAGCAAAGGUGAAUCUGAAUCAAAUGUUUUGUCAUUGCUCUGCCUCCCUUUAACAAUUCUUUCUGGAUGAGUGAGCACAUGAAAGGUUUGGGAAACACAGUUUACGUUGACGCUUAUCGUAGGAACUAGCAUAAUAUCACUGUUGUCCUGUGAGACGUAGUAAAAAGAUCUGUAGCUAUUUCUUUGUUGCCAUGUGAUUCUACUUUUGUGACCAUUUGUUUAUCAGAUGAACAUAAAAAAACGACAACAACAAAAAAACAAUUCAAUUAAAUUGAAUGUGGAAGAGCAAAGUUUCUCUUGAUUUCGGACCUGAGCGUGAACAUGCAUGAUGUUCUAUGUUGUACAUCGUUUUUGCUGAUAUUUUUGUAAACUGUAUUUCCAAAUAUAAAGUGAAAAGAUUAUUUUGGAUAUGUGCACGCCUGUGAAAUGUUGAGAAUGUUUUCACUAAA